AUGGCAGAGCAACUAGCUCAACUAGUGCACGAGGUGGAACGCCUAGUCACCGCGCCUUACGUACCUUCGUUACAGGAUCUCCAUGAUCUGGUGCAGCAGUGCCAAUCAUUUACAAUUGGCGCCUGGGUACUGUGCAAACCCUGCCAAGUUGGCUUGUUGGUUGAUGUUUUGGUCGAAGCCUUAUCGCGAUCACGCGUCGCUUUGCCUCUGAUCACUGUAUUCGCAUCUACAUCGUCCUUUAGAGAUGCGCUGCUUGAGCGACAUCCGGUUAUUUUGGAUGCCUUUUUAGAAAAGGCCGUGGACACCAAUGCGGCUGAGUAUUUCCCGGCAUGUAUUGCAGUAUUCUCAUCACCCCUGCCAGCGGGCGUUGUGCCGCCAGCUAGGAUUGCCCCAUUCAUCACGAAGCUGGUCAGCAUGAUGGCGGAGAAUCCCUGUGUUGAGACUGUAGCACCUCUCCACUCACUCAUCUCAGGACUCAAAGGCUCACCAAGGAUCUUGAAUGACAUUCCGUCCGAGGUCAUGUCCAAUCUCCAGCUGGAGUUCACGAAGACACUGCGCAACUUCGACGAUCAUAUGGGCAACCUUUUGUGUCUAGCAACCUUUGCACAGAUUGCGACGGCAUUAAGUACAACACCUCAAAAUCAACACGGAUCAGAAGCGCCAUGGCUGCUUAACAUUAAUCAUUUCUUUGGCCAGAAACGGGGUCUCAAAACACUGGACUUGGUCGUCUUGCGUGUUAUACUAGCUUGCUCAUCCAGUUGUAAUCUGGCGCCGUCCGAGGCGGCUGAGAGUAUUCAGCUGGCAAUCUGCAUCGCUGAAGCAAUUGAGCCUGAGCAGAAACAGGCUUGGAUAGCAGAUAAUACUCCUAAGAUUGCUAAGCUUUGUGAGAAGGCUGUCAGAGACGGUCUCUAUGGUCAAACACAAACGAUGGUAUUUGUCUUUUUGCACACACUUCUCCCGGCACAUUCGUUGCCAUCCAAUCUACGGGAACUUGGCAUAAAGAUCCUUUUGUCCAAGAACAGCCAAGAGACCAUGGAAAGGAUACCCCAUCAACUGAUUCCACGCCUCGCAAAGUCUUUAGCUGAAUCUGGAGAACCUGCCACUCGUAAACUUUUGACCUUCACUUUCGAUGUCUUAAGGGGUAGUAAAUGGUCGGGGAUGAGAGAGAUGGCAACACUGCACCUGGCACACUUGGUAUUGGCUGGUGUGCAAGAAGUACAUCCCGAGAUCAUGCUUUCUAGUGUCAACAGCUCCAUGGUCCCUCUGAGGGAAGUUCUUGGGGAAAUGGUUGAAUACUUCCCCCGACAGCCAAGCGAAAGCCAAUGCAGUGGUCGAGCAUGGUGUGCAUCGGAGUUAUACACAAAGCAAAACAGGCUGUUCUUAUCUCUAUUGGGACUUUACAACAGGGCUUCGGCGCAAAACGGAAGCGACAUUAUCAUGAAAUCCUUUAUGCGACGAGUGGAACAAUCAAUGCCGAGUCUGGACUGUGCCUUCUCAACGACAACUCCCAAAGCCUUCCGUGGGUCCAUUGCCUUGCCAAACAGACAUGAUCUCUCGUCAACUCCGAUAAACCGCAAUUGGCGCUCUGGGGUUACCGAACUCUUCAUGCAGAAUGCCCAGACCUCUCAUAACAGUAUGAUGAGAAAGAUGGAGGAUACGUGCUUUGACCUCGAGCGUCGCUGUCACGAUGUUGAAGGACCCCUGCGAGCUGCCGAAGAAGAGCGGGACAGAUAUGCGAGCGAAAAUGAGCAACUGAAAAGGCAAAACGAAGAGUUAAACAAACAACUGGAAACCGAAAAUACAGAGAUUGAGACAAAGCUACGGAACUCACACGAAUGUUUUGUUGAACUUAACAACGAGAACACACGCCUUGAGCAACUCCUUCAAGGUCAAUGCACAUAUACCGACGAGCUGGCUAUGUCGCUCGAAUCUGCCCGCGAGGAGCUUCAGCAGCAGCAACGGAGUUCCGAGCAGGCACUUAUUGUUGAAAAAGAAAAGGCCCGAUCUAAGGAAUUGGAGAUGAUGGCCACUUUAACUGGGAAGGAUGAUCAACUGGAAGAGCUUCAAGGGGAGAUGUGCAGUUUGCAAAUGAAGAAUGAGCAGACACGCCAGAGUCUUGAUCAAAUGUCGAGCGAAAAGGCCAAAUUAUCUGAACUCGCUACCUCUCUGGAGCAAAAUCUUGCGAGUGCUACAGAGGCAUUGAAGCAAGCCAGGAUUUCUGCUGAUGAGAAAGAAGAUGAAGUGAACCGCCUCCUGGCCCAGGAGGAAGAGUUGCGAAAGGAACUAGGGUCUGUGGAAACAACAGUUAUGCAACAGAAUAUUGAAGUUGAGAGGCUCUAUACUACAUUGGAAGAAUCCGAGGAAAAAUCGCGGAGUGAGAUUGGAAGGUUGAAACAUGACCGUGAAGCCGAAUCUUCUCGGGCCACAUCUGAGAUAGCGAAGUACGAGACAGAAAAUCAGCGGUUGCAUGCUACUAUGCAAGCUGCCGCUCUUGGUGCUUCCAGAGAUGCCCAAUCGAAAGACAAACGGAUCCAGCACUUGGAGAGAAAAGUGCAAGCCUUACGAGACGAACGUGCUGCCAAGGCGCGCGAGUUCUCCGAGGCACAACAGCACAUCGGUCGUCUAAUGGGCGUGAUGGGCUUCUCUGCUAAAGCCCCUGAGUCAAACGCCCCUCCAGAACACCAGCAAACCAGGUCCUCUAUCAACGCCACUCCAGCUGCAAGGAUCCCCCAGCCCAUAAGCGAUGAUGAAGAUGACAUACAGCUGGCAGAGUCCUUUGAAUCCAUGGCCUCCAACUUCAAUGGACCUACCCCAAAACGACCAAGAGGGAAUCUCAAAUCAACAAACCUGCCUUACGCUUUGAACACUCCCUCCGCUGCAGGUCCUAAGAAGAAAAGCCCGCCGCCGGCCAGCGGCAUGUCUCGCUCAGUGAGAAAGCCACUGGCAGAGGCUGACCGCAACAGCCCGACGAAACCACAGUCAAACAGUGCAUCGAAACGGAAUCAGGUGGAUGACUCUUUCCAGGAGACACAGGCCCAGGGGAAUAUUGAGGACAACCGACUUCACAAUCUGGAUUUGGAUAUGGAUCUUGAGUUUUCUAGAGACUUUCUCUUUUCAAGCACUCCUUUUACUGGGUCAACGGAUCAGAUUGCCCCGCAGUGA